UCUCGGUCAACGGUAAACAAGGCUGGUAACCGACGAAGCUGCUCGUGCUUUGUCAGUUUGUAUGCCUCGUGCCCUGAACUUGUUUAGCAGCUAACAACACCAUGUCGCUCAACUAUGGCAGCGACUCCGUUCGAAGGCUCAUACAACGCUUGCGAGUGUUUCUGAAGGUGUUGUUUAGAUCAUAUCUUACUUUCCCGCUGCGACUUGUACAUCAUCUAUGUCGCACCGCUCUGCGCUUAUACUACGAUUUACGUAGCAUCGCAUGCAGGCGUCGGUUCCAGUGCAUCCACACAGACGAACACCUGGAGCGAGUUGCUAGCUCAAACCAGCCUGCGAUGCUUCUUCCUCCGAGCAACCAUCAGCCACAGAUCCAACCAUUGCCAGGGCCCACUUCAUGUUCAUCCUGUUCACUGUUGCCAGUCCACGCCCUGCCAUCAUCUUCUAAUAGUGUCCUACAGUCACCUCCUGCAGCUCCAGUCGAAUCCCAGAACCGGAGCCCCGCUAAUUUCGAUCCGUUCACACCUUCCGAUGUGAUUCGGUACAAUAAAGCCCCGUCAAUAAACCCCGAUACCAAAGAAUGCGAGUCUAUAGAUCCUCUAACGAUAAACUUUUUAGAUGCACAUGAGCGAGACAGCGGAAAUUGGCGUGCUUGUAUACACCCAGAGGGAGCGCUCUAUUUUCAUGAUUCCAGGCGCCAUGUUUAUACGGACUCAAACCUGCGUUUCGAAGAUCUCCGGUGCAGAAUGGACUCGUGUGUGGAUGAAAUACUUGCUCUCAUGCCCCCUGAGUUGCAGUCAGAUUGCGACAAGAUUGAGCUUGUAGUGCAGUCGACGCGGAAGGCUGGAGUUAAAAUUUGCAGAUACUAUUUUAUUGACCAUGACAAGCAUGUGCUUUUCUGGCUCCAUAAGCUACCUACAAAAGAUCUUUGGUGUGGAGUCAAGGGCGUCGAAAAGCUGAGUCAUAUCAAGUAUGCUGUUGAAUAUCAGUACUGGCAAGUCUUUAAUUAAAAUGCAAGAUAAAUGCAAGAUCAAUCAGGUCUUUCCCAGGCGACACUGCGAGAUGUAUCCCAAUGCAAAUCUUCCAUGCACUCAGUUGCUCAAGGAGCUCAAAGAAGUUGUUGUGCAUGCUAGCGCUGGUGAGAAUUCCUCUUUAACUGC